AUGUCAAAGCAGUUUGAUUUGUAAGUUUAUCCAAAUAUACAAUCCUAAAGAACUCAACCUUGUAAAUUAGAGAAGAUUCUAAAGAAUAUUUAGAAUUAAAAAAUUUUCAAUCACAAUAUUGACUAUUAAAACAAAAUUUAUGAUGAAUCAUAGUUUUCUUAUUUAAACAAUAGACUUAUUAAUAAGGAAUCACCUUUAUUUAGUUUACCAAGUCAUCGCAUAAAUUAAUAAAAAGAUAAUAAUAUAUUCCAUGAUUCUCAAAAAAAGGCUCUUUGUUAUCAACUUCCAAAAAUACAACAGAAGCUUAAGACUUUAAGUAAAGCAAAUUUUUCAUAAGAAAGAAUUCGUUCAACUCUUCAAAAUUCAGAAUUGAUUUCAAUUACUAGAAGAAAGAUUACUGAUAGUGAAGAAAUAUAUUAAAAAGAUUAAUUAAAUAUUAAAAAACUGGAUGAGCAAUUAAGCAAUUAGUAAGAUUAGUCGAAUCAGAUUAGAUGGCGUUUAAAUAAACAUUCAUAUCCUGAGGUUUCUGAAUUAAAUGACCUUUCAAAAUAGAUAGAUUUUAUAUAUAAGAAAAACAAUGUAAAUCCUGUAAAAAUAAAAGCCAAUCAAAAUUAUUACAGUUCAAGAGAUAAUAAAAAUUCAAAUUAAUCUAUAGAAUUUUUAAUUAAAUUGUUAAAAGAGAGUAGUAGAAAAUGA